CUUGCGGGCGCGGUGGGAGGGACUGACAGGCGGCGCGCGCUAUAAAGUGGGACACGCGGCUCUGGCGCGCGCCUGUGGCGAUUGCGUGUGAGGUGAGGUCUUUACCGGUUCUCUCCGUAGGAAAUCUCUACCACUGCCCCUCCCCCGUGUGGGAUUUUGGCAUUUUUGUGCAACCUAGAACACAUGAGGGCUGGAGGAGGAUGGGGUGUAGGGGCAGAUACACGAUACGGAGUUACCAAGGCGGAUGUGAGUGCACGUGGAGGACUGGAUUGCUUCGGAGCAGCAGGUAGGAGUAGACGAGGAGAAAGGAAACCAGGCCUUUGUUCACCUCCAAGAAUACUAAUACAAUGGCUACAGGAUACCUAAUGGUUUUGUGGUUGGGCCUAAUGGUACAAACAUGACCUCCCAGCUACUCAAGUAAAUUACUUAUUUCACCCAAAAUAACCACACGUUCGCCUCUAAACCAGUCUUUUCCUGCCUACUAGUCAGUGCUGUUAUCAUCCCUGAUUAGACUUUCCUCCUGGGAUCCUACUGUUCUCUUUGUGUUCCUUGCUAAGUCAUCUCCCAGACGGCUUUCACAGGGUGGUUCAAAUCUGGCUGGAUAAGUCACUGGGCCUUGUUUAUGUCAGUUACAUCUUAGCAGGGUUUUGCUUGUUUGUAUUUUGCUCAGUAGAACAACCUCCUUAGUUCUCCCACCAGAUUCCUCAGGAUUUGUGUCUUUUCGGGCUUUGUUUUUUCAAGGUUACUAGCAGUUACAGCCAAGACAGGAGAUCAGGUCCAUAGGGAAACUAUGGACCUAUUGGGCUGGGGAAGUUGGAGCAUCUAGUGAAUUUUCUGUUUAUUAAUCGUUUAUAUUGUGUUAGCUUGACCACCAUCCCGAAGGCAAGUAGCCCUGACAUUGCAGAAGGCCUGAGGAUCCAAUGAUGUUUAGCACUGGGCUCCAAACAUCCUUGAGGACACAGUGCCCCUCCAGGACCUUUGACACCUGGAGGUCUGAGGACCUCUAAAUUUGAUGUUCUCUGCACCUUUGGGCUGUCUCCACACAAAACCCUCACCAAGUCCUUUCUGUAUUACAGGUGUAUCUUGAAGCCAAGAAGUCAUCCAUCAUCUUCUUACUGUGGUGGCUAAGUCGGAAGAAUCCUGAGUUCAUGUCCAGCCUGGGCUACAUAGAAAAAUAAACAAGAGGCGGUUCCUUCAAACAACCAGGCUUCUCUCUGGGUGGUUUCUGCAGACAGUCUACUUCCCUUCAGCCUCUGCAACAGCAUUGCUUCUAGCUGUAUUGCUAUCUUUACCUUGAGACUGUGAGGGCCAUGGCGGAGAGAGUGCUGGUGCCCACCCAGAUAGGCCGGGGGGACCGCUACUACACAUACACGGAGCUGUUGGCUAUCUCAAGGCGUUUCAAGCAGAAUCCCAAUGAGCUGAUGGUCACCUGGAUCCUGCGGGUGUAUGACCAGGGAGGCCCUGCCCUGUCCCUGAAUUCCGGGGAGCUGGGGCUACUGGGUGACCUCACCCAUGAUGCCAUCUUUAACUACCGCUGCAAAGCCCUACGGGGGGCUGGCUGCCAGACUCUACUGAGCUGGCUACUGCAGGCCUGGCGUCAGCGCUGGGAAUCCUCCCUGCAUUUUGAGGCCACUGAGCUACCUUUCAGGCCCUGGACCACUAUGGAGGAAGGCAUCCAACUGGUUCGUGAGCUGGGCAUGAUUGAAUGGAUCUACCUUGACCCAGAAGGGCCUGUGGACCUGGCCCCAGAGGAUGUGGCUUUCACUCAAGGCCUGCAGCGGCGCCUGCUCACAGCAGCACCCUCUGAGCUACGGCUUUCACUGGUCAGCCUGCUGGUGCGUGGCAUGACAGUAUUGGAGGCUGUGAUGGAGAUCCAGACUAUUGCUGAUGUGGGCCUGCUCUGGCGCCAGAGCCAUCCAGGCCGCACCAAGCUCAUGCUGGGGCCCAACCCAACUCGCAAGGACCUCCUAGGCUGGCUGCUCAGCCAUGGUGUACCCAGGGAACAAGUAGACAGGCAGCCUACCAAGGUACUCCUGGAACUGUACAUCAAAGAGGCCAAGCGCAGUCGUGGUCACCCCAACUAUGGGCUAACCGAGGAGCAGCCCCCACCACCCCCUUACUCUGACCAGGCCUGUGGGGAAGAGCAGCCGGUGCGUCAUGACUAGUCCUGGACUGACAUCAAGAGGACACCUGCACCCCAGGGUUGAAGGUGGGGAAAUGAAUUGCAAAGAGGCUGCCUGUAACCCAGGUCAUUAGGAAGCAGCUUGGCAAGCACCUUCCCCACAUUCCCAUCCCUACAGCACUUAAGGCCAAACUCAGUGGCCCCAAAGAGGAGUGUGCAUGUUCCUAGCCACACAGUCCAUGUGGAAAGUGAGCUACAGGUGGCCAUUGGCUGUGAUUCUAGGGUGUUUAUGGCCCUGGACUUAAUCCCCUUGAGUUGGAGCUUAACGCAAUGCUAAGAUGUGUGGCCACUUCAGGGUCCCCACCCCUCUGCCUCCACAUGGGCCCCAAAGCACUACAUACAGGCCAUCUUGAAUUUUUUACUUUUUCAAUGCAACACUUACAUAGAUUUUAGGUAUAGGCUGCACUUCCAUGGACUUAUACUGGAUGUUUGACACUUGAGGGCCAGUCUCCUAUUGUAAAGGCUUAACAUUGCAAACUUUUCUAAUGCAGCAUUUUUACUUUAUAUUUUAUUUUGAGCUUAUGUGACACUUUUUUGUGGGGAGGAGAACCCCCUUUUGUAAAGACUUUGCUUUGGGGACCCUGUCCCCAUUUUCUUUUAACCAUACCCUUCCCUCUUGAAGCACCUUCCAGCUGGGUCUGGUCUCCCUGGCUGCACAGAUGGCCUCUGGCCAAUGUAGAUCUGGAUUUAGUGGAGGGGUGAGGUGGGCAGCCCUGGAACUUUUGCCUUCGUGAGUUCCUAUUAAAUGGCUGGAUCAUU